ACUGCGGACACAGUACAGGGAUGACCAGAGAUGCGGACACAGUACAGGGGAUGACCAGAGACUGCGGACAGAGUACAGGAGAUGACCAGAGACUGCGGACACAGUACAGGGGAUGACCAGAGACUGCGGACACGUGAGUACAGGAGAUGACCAGAGGACUGCAGACACAGUACAGGAGAUGACCAGAGACUGCGGACAUAGUCAGGAGAUGACCAGAGACUGCAGACACAGUACAGGAGAUGACCAGAGACUGCGGACUAGUACAGGGAGAUGACCAGAGGACUGCGGACAUAGUACAGGAGAUGACCAGAGACUGCGGACACAGUACAGGGGGAUGACCAGAGACUGCGGACACGGUACAG